CCUUUGCUUUCUUCCUUUUCUAUCUUUUUUUUUUUUCAACCUUCAUUGAUUUCUUCCUAUCCUUACUGUUUUCAAAUUAUUGUGAUAACGUACAUAAGUCAAUACUUUCAUACGUUGUCUCUUUCGUUCUCUUUGUGUUCAUUAUUUUCGUCCUUUUCUAUCAUUCUAUUAUUCCCCGUUCGUUCGGUUAAUAUAUUAAUCGGGAUAUUGUGAAUUUCAUUCGUUCGAGUUUCGGUGUUAAUUUCGAUUAUUUUAAAUUCGUGCUGAAUAAAAUUCCUAUUGAAUUUUACUAAGAGGAAGAUCUGCUUUUCGACCUUGAGGAACACCUCUACGAAAAAAUCAGAAGCAAUAUUCACGAUUGACUGGACAAGAUACUACUGGAGGACAUUUGUGUUUAAUUUUUGUGUGUUGCUCAAGUGAAAUUUUAAUUUUGGUGGAUAAACGAUUUAAAGAAAAAAUAAUUAAAUAAAUAAAAUAAAAUAAAACGGAGAUUCUUCAGCUCCGAUCAAUUUUUCUUUUCUGUAUAUUUUUCUAACAAAAAAAUUCGUACCGAUCAAUCGAUUUAAUAAGUCGGCCAUUUUGUUGAUAUCGCUAAGUGUUGCUCAACUUAAUACACGUUGUAUACGUAUAAACCGGAAGUUCUUCAACGUCUUCGUCGUCAUCGUCAUCGUCAUCGUCGUCGACGAUGUCGAGGAUCUCAACCAGUGUGACAAUGGAAACAUGAGGACCGUCAAAAAUCUUCAAGCCAAUCGAACCACCUUCGUUCUGACCGACCAUAAAUGACCGACGUGACGCGGCCAAUCGGGAAUAUUUUCACGCAAAAUGAUUCGCGCCCUUGUCCUUCUCUGCAUGGCCGUUCUACCACUCGUACGAUGCCACAAGAUUCACGAGCAUAUGACAAGGGAGGAGAUGUUAUCGGUGUUUCACACGGGACACGAGUCUGUACCCUCGUAUGAAAUCGUGCCAGUAUUGCACUCGAUGAGUAAAAGAAGUCCUGAAAAAAAAACGGAGAUACAUUUAAAGGCAUUUGGAAGUGAUAUUAGUCUAAUGUUAAAACCAACGAGAGGAUUAUUGUCGCCUAAUCAAUUGCCAAUGUGGACUGUUACAAAGAACGACUCACAUCCUGAUGGUCUUCGUUACGAACGUGUAUUGGAAACCGACACCGAUAUCGGUGACAUCUAUCAAGAUACAAGAAACAUGGCGUCGAUUCUGCUACACCAGGACGCGAAUGGGAAAGUGCUCGUUGAUGGCCAUAUCGGUUCAGAACUGGUGAUACGACCGCUCCCAGAACGUGUUAUCCAGGAAAUCGUCAACAAAAAUAUCAGUUUAAUGAAUCCAACAUUAUUACCAAAUGUAACGAACGUUAUGAUGAACGAUUUGAAUUAUACGAGUCAUCAUGUUGUUUAUAAAAAAUAUCAUAAACCAAUCGACGACGAGUACAGCGAUUAUGCAUUAAUGGAGCCCGAUCAUCUUGCCAAAAAAUAUAGAAAGAAACGUUCCUUGAUCAAUAGAUCGAAACGAGAAGCUCCGUAUGUUAUUUAUCCAGAAAUUCUUUGUAUCGUAGAUUACGAUGGAUAUAGACUUCACGGAGGUGAUAACGUGCAGAUAAAAAGGUACUUCGUAUCAUUUUGGAACGGGGUCGAUUUGAGGUAUAAAUUAUUGAAAGGACCAAAAAUACGUAUCAGCAUUGCCGGAAUAAUAAUAUCGAGGGGUAGAGACGCGACACCAUAUUUAGAAAGAAAUCGUGUUGGAAGAGACGCCAUUGAUUCGGCAGCUGCUCUUACCGACAUGGGAAAAUAUCUUUUUCGAGAAAGAAGACUUCCUGUAUAUGAUAUCGCCGUUGCAGUGACGAAAUUAGAUAUGUGCAGGAGGCAAUACGCGAAUGACGUGUGCAAUAGAGGAACCGCAGGACCGUUUUUUAUUGGAUUCGCAUAUGUUGGUGGUGCCUGUGUUGUUAACAAACGCUUAGAAAAGGUCAACUCUGUAGCCAUCAUUGAAGACACUGGUGGCUUCAGUGGUAUCAUCGUAGCGGCACACGAAGUUGGUCACUUGUUAGGUGCAGUACACGAUGGUUCACCACCACCGAGUUAUCUUGGUGGACCUGGUGCUGAGAAAUGUCGUUGGGAAGAUGGUUACAUUAUGAGCGAUCUUAGACAUACUGAAAAGGGAUUCAAAUGGUCCCACUGCAGUGUCUCGUCCUUCCAUCAUUUUCUAAAUGGUGACACUGCAACGUGUUUGUACAAUGCACCUCACGAAGACGAGGCACUGCCAAGAGUUUUACCAGGCAAAUUACUCUCGUUAGAUGCUCAGUGCCGUAAGGAUCGUGGUACCAGUGCUUGUUUCAAAGACGACAGAGUUUGUGCACAAUUAUUUUGCUUCGAUGCUGGAUCUGGUUAUUGUGUCGCUUAUCGUCCCGCAGCUGAGGGCUCACCAUGUGGCGAUGGCCAGUACUGUCUCAAUGGUAAAUGCGUCGCCGAACAUGAAAAUAUAAUACCUGAUUACACCCAAAAUAUACCAACUUAUGUACGUCGAGAUGGUAGUUUCGGACCACCUGCGAACAACAGACCGAUAUUUGCACAAUAUAAUAACACCGAUUACAGGUAUCCAUGGGAAGGAACAACAUAUACAUCGCCAAAAUCAAAAUUUAAAUAUUCCCCAUACAUAACCCCAAAUUUAUUGACGUCAAGUACAACAACAACAACAACGACAACAACAACAAACCAUAAACGUCAAUAUACACCUACAUCAACGGUAUACAAAUACACGUACACGACUGCUAAUAAUUUACUUGCCAUUAAUGACAAAAUCAAAAAUAAUAGUAAUUAUAAUAAUAACAACAACAACAACAAUUUUGGAAAAAUCAACAAUGGUGUUAAUCGAACAACUACGACUAGCAAGAAAAACAACAGAUAUAAUUUUAAUUUCCGUUACAACGUCAAUUCUACUCCAAAAGUUGUUAACAAUCCUAACGACGUGAAUUAUCCAAAAAUUAUAUCGUUCAAACGUAAGACCACGCCAACUGUGACGCCAUUUUCUCCGACGACAUUGGCUCUUCUUCAAAAUGGCCUCCAAAAUGGCCAACAGAAUGGCGGUCGUGAAACAGAGGGCGAUGAGUGCACGGACCUAGGGCCCGAUUGCUUGGAUCUGAUUGACAGGCUGGGAACAUGGCUGUGCCAUUUGCAAUCUGUAAAGAGCCGUUGCUGUGCGUCCUUGAAGACUAUCUGCCCUUAAAAAAAAAAAAAAAAAAGAAAAAAAAGAAAAAGAAAUACAGCAAACACUUCGGAUAUCUUCGAGGUUAUCUAUGAACAAAAUAAAAAAAGAAAAGAAAAGGAAAAGCAAGAAAAUAUAAAAGAAAAAGAUCAACUAUC